UGGGUGACCGUGCCUAUACUGUUGCUGGGUGAAAUGGAGCAACUGCGAAAGGAGGCGGAGAGCCUGAAGGAUGAGAUUACUGCGGCUCGUAAAGCAGUGCAGGACCUUACGCUGCAGGAUCAUGUGGCGGGGACAGCUGUUGUGGGACAUGUCCAGCUAAAGAUCAGAAAGACAUUGAGAGGACAUCUGGCCAAAAUCUAUGCCUUGCACUGGGGGACAGACUCAAAACUGUGUGUCAGUGCAUCUCAAGAUGGUAAACUGAUUGUAUGGGACAGCUACACCACUAACAAGGUACUGAAAUAUUUGAACGGCCAGUGCAGACAGACAUUUGGAGGCCAUGAGAGUGACAUCAACGCUAUUGGGUUUUUCCCCAAUGGCAAUGCAGUGAUCACAGGUUCAGACGACGCUUCCUGCAAGCUGUACGACCUGCGUUCAGACCAGGAGCUCAUCACAUACCAGGACUCCAGCAUCAUGUGCGGCGUGACCUCCAUCGCUCCCUCCUUCUCUGGAAGACUCAUCCUCGCUGGCUAUGACGACUUCAACUGCAACAUCUGGGACUCGCUGAAUGCGGAGAAAGUCGGAGUGUUGUCUGGUCAUGACAACAGAGUGAGCUGUAUUGGUGUGACACCUGAUGGAAUGGCCUGCUGCACAGGAUCAUGGGAUAGCUUCCUGAAGAUCUGGAACUAAGGCUCUGUCUCAAAUGGAGGCAAAAUCAGAAUAUGUCAGACAGGGUUAAAUGCAAAGGGACAACUGAAACAGGACUAUGGGAUGUAGUUGUAUAAGUAGGGAGAGAAAGCAAUGUUUGUUGUGCCGUCACAACGAGAAAGAUUGUGAAUAAGAAGACCUCAUUUAGAGAUGGGCUGACCUGUACAAUAAUCUUGUCAAAGAAAUCAUGCAAUACCAGAAAACUUGUUUUUCAGGGACUGCUAACUGCUAAAGUGGGCAUUUACAAAGCCAUUACCUAUUUGGUGAUUCGUGAGGUCAUUUUUUGAUAGGGUCAUUAACAAAUGGGUGUCACAGCAUAUUAUCAAUAAUAGCAUAUGAAAUAAGACUUUCAACACUAGUUGGAUCAAGCUUACUGAGAUCUAAAUGCAUCCUGUGCUAUUAAACCUAUAAGACAGAGGUUGCCAAAAUAGUUGCACAAGAUUGAAUAUACAAUGACUUAAGUCUAACAAAGAAUAUUUUUACUUUUAUAAAAUGUGGUUUACAAACUAUAGGCAGAUUAAUUAAGUUUUAG